AUGGAUAACAGAACAUACAGCACUGAUAGUAGCUGGAAUCCACCAUACGGAAUUGCAGUUCAGAUCAUCGUAUGGUUAAUGGUGGUCGUCAUCAGUUUCGAAACGAUUAUCGGAAAUGCAAUGGUAGUGAUAGCUUACAAUAUCGAACGAAACAUAGGAAAAAAAGUCAGCAAUCGCUACAUCGUUUCACUUGCAAUAUCCGAUUUAAUUAUCGGGAUUGAAGGAUUUCCGUUGUUCACCACUUAUGUGCUAAACGGUGAACGUUGGCCAUUAGGACAAUUAGCAUGUAAGACAUGGCUGUUUCUUGACUACACACUCUGUCUUGUCUCCAUACUAACAGUUUUACUCAUUACAACAGAUCGAUAUCUCUCUGUGUGCCAUAUGGUAAUGUAUUUAAAGUGGCAAAGCUCAACUAAAGCAGAAAUGUUGAUUAUUCUAUCGUGGUUUAUACCUGCAGUGAUCUUCGGUGUGAUAAUGUAUGGUUGGGAUACAAUUACAGGAAUGGAGAGUAUGACAACUGCAGAAUGCUCAGCACCUUUUCUUAGUAAUCCAUAUGUGAAUAUGGGAAUGUAUGUUGUCUAUUAUUGGACAACACUAGUGGCAAUGUUGAUACUGUACAAGGAUAUUCACCAAGCCGCCAAAUCGCUAGAAAAGAAGGCUGAAGCAAAAGAACAACGACACAUGGCUCUUAUUCUUAGCCAAAGACUUGGAACACAGGUAGGAGUUACGUUGAUGUUACACUCACAUGUGAAUAAAGAAGAACGCAAACACCACAGAUCGAAUUCGGAGUUUUCAUCUUUGAAGACCAAUCUUGAGGUUAGGACCGCAAAAAAUAUUUCAUCUGUCUCAACGACAACCACCAAUGAACGAGUACUCUCUUCAAUUUUUGCUCCGUUAUCCGCAAAUUUGGGUCGACGGCAUAGACGUACAGUGGCCGAAAGACGAGCACGCAAAGCUUUCAGAACGAUCACAUUUAUCGUUGGCUGCUUCGCUAUCCUCUGGUCACCGUACUACAUUGUGGCUACUAUUUACGGGUUUUGUAAAGGUGAAUGCAUACCGACGUUCGUGUACAAUCUUUCAUACUACAUGUGCUAUUUGAACAGCAGUUCGAAUCCGUUCGUCUAUGCAUUAGCAAAUCGUCAAUUUCGAAUCGCGUUUGUACGAAUGUUUAAGGGUGAUUUUAAUAAAAAUGUCUGA